CAUUUCCAUUUCCAUCCCACCAAAUUUUAAUAAUUAAUUUCAUGGCCCUAAUCACUCAUUUUUCCACACUAAUAAUUUCCAUACUCACUACUACUGCAUCAUCUUCUUCAUCGUCUUCUUCGUCUUCCCCAAGCAAUAAUGGCACAGAUUACCAGUCACUGCUCGAAUUCAACAACUCCAUCACCCACGACCCAUCCCAAACCCUAAUUUCAUGGACCAGCCACACCCACUACUGCACCUGGAAAGGCAUCACGUGCAGCCGCACGCCCCCCGGUCGAGUUCUUGCCAUAACCUUAAAAAAUCGAGGUCUCAUCGGAACCCUAUCUCCUUCCAUAGCCAACAUCUCCUUCCUCCGAUCCUUAGACCUCUCCAACAACUCCUUCCAUGGCCGAAUCCCCGACGACCUCGGCCGUUUAAUGAUGCUCGAAUUCGUCGAACUCAGUUCCAAUUCUUUCUCUGGUUUAAUCCCAACAAAUCUCUCCCAAUGCCCUAAUCUCAUCUACCUUAAUUUGAUCGAAAAUCAUCUCCAUGGAAACAUCCCUUUCGAGUAUUCUUACCUCCAUAAAAUCCAACAACUAGGGUUAGGAAAAAACAACCUUUCUGGAACGAUUCCCAAUUUCUUAGGAAACCUAACUCAUCUUACACAGCUCCACUUAGCUCGAUGCAAUUUGAUCGGACAGAUUCCAGAAUCCUUACAAAAUCUUAAGAACAUGAAAUUCAUCACAUUUCCUAACAACUAUUUGUCUGGAAAGAUUCCUUCUGGUUUGUUCAACAUAUCUUCAAUGGUGGAUCUUAGUCUUAGUAAUAAUCAGUUGGAGGGAUCAUUACCGUCGACAAUGGGGCUAACACUUCCUAACCUACGAGUUCUUACAAUAGGAUUUAACCAAUUAACUGGACCUUUUCCAACAUCAAUGGCUAAUGCUUCAUCACUUAGAAGAUUAGAUUUUCCGAUGAACUUUAUCGCCGGUCCGAUUCCGGCGACACUCGGGAGGCUUUCGAACCUAACGCAAUUUCUCGCGGCGUCUAAUUCGAUCCGAGAUGAUGUACAUUUUAUUACAUCCUUUGUGAAUUGUACAUUGCUUCAAAUUCUCGACAUGGCUGAAAAUCCCGUCUCCGGCGUUUUGCCGGAGGCGAUCGUAAAUUUUUCGAGUUCACUUUGGGCGAUAAACUUACCCCUGACUCGAAUUCAGGGGACUCUGCCUUCGGACAUCGGUAAUCUUGUUGGUCUUACGUUUCUGUCGUUAUAUGGGAAUCGUCUCGAGGGUUCGAUACCGACGAGCAUCGGCGAGCUUUCGAAGCUGCAAAUGCUUAAUUUGGGCGCAAAUAGAUUCAACGGCGAGGUCCCGGAUUCGAUCGGGGAUAUGGAUUCUUUGAACUAUGUUUACUUGCAAUCGAAUCGACUUUCGGGAAGAAUACCGGCGAGUCUUGGCCGAUGCAUGAGGCUUUUGUCGUUAGACCUCUCGGGUAAUAAUUUCACCGGGUCGAUUCCGGGGGAGGUUUUGAAGCUUUCGUCGAUUUCGAUUCUGUUGGAUCUUUCGUUCAACGAAUUGAACGGUUCGCUUCCUUCGGAGGUUCAUUCGUUGAGGCAUCUUUCGGCGUUGAACGUUUCGAAUAAUCGAUUGUCGGGAGCUAUUCCGAGCUCGAUUUCCGAAUGCAUCAGCUUGGAAUGGCUUCAGUUGCGAGAAAAUCGAUUCGAGGGAGAAAUCCCGCAACGGUUAGGCGAUUUGAACGGCUUACGGUACUUGGAUCUUUCCCGAAACAAUCUUUCGGGAUCGAUCCCAAGUUCCUUGUCGGAGCUACAACUCCAAAGUUUGAAUCUUUCUUUCAAUAGGUUCGACGGCGAGGUGCCGAUGAUCGGAGUAUUCGCGAAUCGAACCGCGGUUUCGCUCGAAGGAAACGAGAAUUUGUGCGGAGGAAUUCCCGACUUAAACCUUCCUCGUUGCGCUCAACCGAGUUCUUCGAAGAAAAACUUACUGUCUCUAUUGAUGAAAAUUUUGAUUCCAAUAGUCGCGGUGUUACUCAUUUUUUUGUCGAUAUUUCUUUACAAGAAAAGAAACAAGAACGAAGAUGUCGCGCUUUCGUCGCCCCGGAAGGCCCCGUUUAUUAGGCUAUCUUACGGCGAUCUCGAAAGGGCGACGGAUGGAUUUUCGGAAAGUAAUUUAGUAGGCGCCGGGAGAUUCGGGACGGUUUACAAAGGAGUUCUCGACGAUGAUCAUACAUUAAUAGCCGUGAAAGUGUUGAAUCUUUCCGUCCACGGCGCCUCGAAGAGUUUUUUGAAAGAAUGUAACGCACUAAGACAAGUGAGACAUAGAAAUGUGUCGAAGAUAUUGAGCGUUUGCGAAGGCUUAGAUUUCAAAGGCGACGACUUCAAAUCGCUAGUGUACGAAUUCAAGGAAAACGGGAGCUUGGAAGAGUGGUUGCAUCGAUAUCGCGAGGGAGAGUUACAUAGCCUCGACAUCGGGCAAAGGCUCGAUAUUGCUAUCGACAUAGCUCAAGGCCUCGAAUACCUUCAUUGCGCCACCGAUUCGACUAUUGUUCACGGCGAUCUUAAGCCGAGCAAUAUUCUUUUGGACCGCGACAUGACGGCUUGUGUCGCGGAUUUUGGACUAGCAAAGAUUGUGUCGAGCGUAUCGCCUUCGUACGAAGGCGAUAGCUCGAUUGGGGUCGAGGGUACGAUCGGCUAUGUUCCUCCGGAAUACAGCGUAGGUAAUAAGGUUUGUACGGAAGGAGAUGUAUACAGCUACGGAAUUCUUGUUCUUGAGAUGUUCACGAACCGGAGGCCGACAGACGUCGACGAAUUCAAGGAUCAUUCGAAUCUUCAUAACUAUGUGGCUGCUGCAUUGGCAUUGCCAAACUCCAUAGAUGAAAUUGUGGAUGGUGUUUUUCGGACAGGAGGAGAUGAAGUGAAGAAUUGUUUGGUUUCUGUACUAAGAAUUGGAGUUGUCUGUUCGAAGGAAAAUCCCAAAGACCGUAUGCAGAUGACACAAGUUGUUGCUGAGCUCCACAAAAUUAAAGACAGAUAUCUACUUUGAUAAUUAGGUAUAUAAAAGAGAGAGAGAGAUAUAGUUCUUUUAUAAUUUUCAUUUUUAAGGGUUUGUUAGAUUUUUCAAAGUAUUUGUUUGGAUUUGAGAUUUUUAUAUAAGCUUUGCUAUAAAUAUUACUUACGUAUAAUAAAACAGUUAAAAACCAAUGUAUUUAUUUAGGAAUUGUAAUACCAAUAUACUAUUAAAAAGAAAAAAAAA